AUGCCCCACGGCGGCAGCUUUGGUGACUUCCCAGUGACCGUCGACCACCGCAAGCACAGCAAGUACGGGGCGAAUGGUGCCGAGCAAGCAGGUACCGACCAGCACGACACCAUGUACUGUACCGCUAGUCCACUUGAUUCAACCUACUCCGUACCCGUGAUUGGGUUGUUUGCUUGCAUCGUUGCCCCGUCUUGCUCUGCUCUCCUGCCACUCCUCAUCCACGUCCACGUCCACCAUCACCAUCGCCGCCGACAACAACCAUUCUUCAUCACCCCCCCUCGAGCAAUCACCGACGACAUCUGCAGCACACCCGGCAGCUCUGCUGGAACGCGGCCAUACCCGCUCCUUCCAUUUCCGCUUGGAGCCUCCGCCAGCCUGGCCCUUCUCGCUCCAUCCGACGUCAUCUCCGCUCCCUGCCGCCCUGCCCUGACCAAACGCACGCACGCACGCAAGCACGCCGUCGAGGCUCCGAUCGGAUUCGAGUGCCUUGGCGACGUUGGUGAAGCCGACGCGUCCUCCGAAACCCAACGCCCGCUCGCUUCCCGAGUCCGCCCGCCCGUUCGUCUCGAGCUCGCCCGCCGCCACCCGUGUUUGGUCGGAGAGAGCGUGCAUCCCGUCGAGCGAGGAAGAACGCCCCUGUCCGAGACCCCUCGGACUCGUCUCACUCUUGACUGCCGACCCCGUGCCGACGCCAUGUCUGCCGUGCCCGAUGUUGCCGCCGACGAGCAGGACGACUCUCGCUCGUCGUCGUCGACCACCUCGCCCGCUCCCGCCGACAAUGAGGAGUCCGACUUCUUCCUCGGAGCAAAUGACUCCCAGUCGUCGCUCGGCGUUCCCAACUUCCAGGACAUGCAGGUCGACGACACCUGCUGGCCCCCCGUCAACUCGCUCCCCAACGAGAUCCUCAUCGGCGUCUUCUCCAAGCUCAGCACGCCCUCCGACCUCUAUCAUUGCAUGCUCGUCUCCAGACGCUGGGCGAGGAACGCCGUCGAUCUCCUGUGGCACAGACCCGCCUGCAGCAACUGGAAGAACCACAGCAGCAUAUGCCAGACCCUCGGCCUCGAGCAUCCCUUCUUCAGCUACCGCGACUUCAUCAAGCGUCUCAACCUCGCGGCCCUCGCCGACAACGUCAACGACGGCAGCGUCCUGCCGCUGGCCGUCUGCUCCAGGGUGGAGCGGCUGACCUUGACCAACUGUCGAGGCCUGACCGACUCGGGCCUCAUCGCCCUGGUCCAGAACAGCGCCUCGCUCCUCGCCCUCGACAUCUCCAACGACAAGAACAUCACCGAGCGGUCCAUCGCCGCCAUCGCCCAUCACUGCAAGCGCCUACAGGGGCUCAACAUCUCGAGCUGCGACGGCAUUUCGAACGAGAGCAUGAUCACGCUGGCCAAGAGUUGCAAGUACAUCAAGCGGCUGAAGCUCAACGAAUGCGCCCAACUCCGCGACGAUGCCAUCUUGGCCUUCGCCGACAACUGCCGCAACCUUCUCGAGAUCGACCUGCAUCAGUGCCACCAGAUUGGCAACGGCCCUGUCACCUUGCUCCUCUCCAACGGCAACUGUCUCCGUGAGCUGCGACUCGCCAACUGCGACCUCAUCGACGACAACGCCUUCCUCUCCUUGCCCGACGGCCAGGUCUAUGACAACCUGCGCAUUCUCGACCUGACCUCGUGCACGAGGCUGACCGAUGCCGCCGUCGAGAAGAUCAUCGAUUCCGCACCCCGUCUCCGCAACCUCGUCCUCGCCAAGUGUCGCAACAUCACCGACGCCGCCGUCCACGCCAUCGCCAAGCUGGGCAAGAAUCUGCACUACGUCCAUCUCGGCCAUUGCGGACAGAUCACCGACGAGGGUGUCAAGAAACUCGUCAACUCGUGCAACAGGAUUCGCUACAUCGACCUCGGCUGCUGCACGAACCUGACGGACGAUUCCGUCAAGCGCCUGGCUCUCCUCCCCAAGCUGAAGCGCAUCGGCCUCGUCAAGUGCAGCUCCAUCACCGACGAUUCCGUCUUCGCCCUCGCCGAAGCGGCCUAUCGGCCGCGCGUUCGUCGAGACGCGAGCGGUGUAUUUGUCGGCGGCGAGUACUUCGCUUCGAGUCUCGAGCGAGUCCAUCUGAGCUACUGCGUCAACCUUACUCUGCGGAGCAUCAUGAGGCUUCUCAACUCCUGUCCCCGACUGACUCACCUCAGCCUGACGGGCGUCGCCGCCUUCCAGCGAGACGAUUUUCAGGCAUACUGUCGAGUGGCGCCCCCUGAAUUCACUCAGCACCAACGGGACGUCUUUUGCGUCUUCUCCGGCAGCAUGGUUUCGCAGUUUCGCGACUUCCUCAACACCUCGCCCCGGUUCGAAGAGCUGCGUGAGAGCCUGCCCUAUCGAGCGGGAGGCAGUCGCAUCCGUGGUGCCGCUGCUCGUCGUUCCCAGGCGAUGGCCAACAAUCUUCCAGCAGCCGAGGUCGAAGGCUUCGACGACGAAAUGGCCGACGAGGACAACGAUUUCGAGGGCUUGGAUGGAAGCGAAAUGGCCGUCGACGCCUUGGUCCAGCUCCAGCAGGCGGGCAUCGAUGCUGGCCCGAACAAUUCUGCUCCGGCCGCGACGUACAUGAUUCCUGUGCCGCCUCCGGCGCCAACCUUGGCCCAGCAACCCUUCGUGCCGCCGAGUGGUCAGGGACAUGCGGCUGCGAGCCAGCAGUACAUGUUCCCUCCAAGCGGGCCCAUGGGGCCUUUGGCGUUUUCGAGCUUUGUGAACAGAAACAUGGCCAGUGGACCGCCGGCGGGCGCUCAUGGCCAGAUGCAAGCGAGCAUGGCUCCGUUGCCGGAGUCGAACCUUCAGACGGCCAGCACCGCCGGCGAUGGGCCAUCGACGGGCGCCAGCACCGCACCGAUGCAGUCGGCACCAUUCCAUCAAGAUCCAGCGAGAGAAUAG